ACUUUGAAACGCAAAAUAAGAGCAUUGGUUGAUGAUAUUGAACAUGAAAAUGAAUCUGAAGAAGAAGAUGAAAUUUUAGAGAGUAAUUAAAAGAUUUUGAGUGAUGAAAAAAAUUCAAUUGACAAUAAAAGAAAAAAAAAGGAUAAGAAGCAUACACCUUUCAUGUAUACCACUGACUUGUUAUUGCCGUGGGCGUCAUGAGCCAAGAUCUCAACUCGUGAUCCAUACUGAUAUAUUCUUCCGUUUGGAUGAAGUAAUGCCGCAGCCGCUCCAGAACCGCUCAACGAUAGUACAAUAUUAUUCUACGCUGACGAUAAAUGCAAUUCAGAUAAUAAUCAUGUGUUACAAAGCGGCAGCUAUACGCAAAAUGUGUGAAGCACGUGCAAGAAAUACUUCAUAUUUAUGUAGUGCAGUCAACAAUAAAACAAUUGUAAUGAGGCAUGGAGACAGAGCACCACAGGACACUUAUCCAAACGAUCCUUAUGUUAAUAAUUCCAUGGAACCUUAUGGUUGGGGUCAAUUAACAAAUGAAGGAAGAAGGAAUCAAUACAAUCAAGGUCUUUUCCUACGGGAACGAUACAACAAUUUUUUGGGUUCAAUUUAUAGUCCUAAUAUAUUUUAUUUGCAAUCUACCGCUCUCGAUCGUACAAAAAUGUCUGCUAUGCUAGAAGCAGCAGCUUUAUGGAAACCAACUGAGAAACAGUCCUUUAAACGUGAUUUAGCUUGGCAACCUGUUACUCUAUUCUAUCAACCAUAUUCAGAAGAUACGUUGAUGACAAUAUGGGAUGCAUGUCCAAAAUAUACUAAAUUACGACAUGCAGUUAUGAACUUAUCGCAAGUUCAACAAAUUCAAGACAAGAAUAAACAUCUUUACGAAGAAUUGACGAAUUUAACGGGUAUGAUGAUUUCAACUCCAGGUGAUGUGAAUUCGCUUUAUGCAACUUUAACAGCAGAAAAAUGUAUGAACUUAACUCUUCCUGAGUGGACGAAACAUUAUUAUCCUGAUAAAUUAAUACCACUUACAUUGUACGAUUUUCAACUUAAUGGAUAUAAUGAUGAGUUUAAAAGACUUAAAGGAGGACCUUUUCUAAAAAAGAUUGUUACAGAUAUGAUAACAAAAAAAGAUAAUACUUUAAAACCUGAAGAAAGGAAAAUGUUUAUGUAUAUUGGUCAUGACAGUACUAUUGUAACUUUGAUGGAUGUUAUGCAUAUAUGGAACAAUCAAAUGCCAUAUUAUAAUAUUAUGAUAAUGAUUGAAUUACAUGAGAAAAAUGACGAAUGGACUGUUCAGAUGUUCUUAAGAAAUACCACUGAACACGAUCCAUAUCCUUUGACUGUUCCUGGAUGUUCAACAAUAUGUUCUCUUGAAAAGUUUGUACAAAUUUUAAAACCAAUGAUUCCAGAUAACUGGGAUGAGGAAUGUAAAGUUGAUGGAGACUAUAUACUUCCACCUGCUCCUCUUCUUUAAUUAUAAUUAUUCGGUAAAACUGAAUGCGAUAAAAGCGAAUAUUUUCUCCUCCCGACGUUUUUUCGUAACCACUGUGCCAGGUUUGUGUUGAGCAUCUGGAUGAUUUAGUAAUUCAGGUGGACAGGUAGAUAUAGGGCUUGCAAGAAUAGUCUGCUUCAAAUCAUAGAACAGAUGACUGUCAUCUUUGGUACAAAAUGAAAUAGCAAGACCAGCUUUUCCAGCACGUCCAGUUCUUCCAAUACGAUGUGUGUAAUCUAAAAACAGAUACAUCUUUAAUAUCGAUUCCACGACCUGCUACAUCAGUGGCAACCAAAAUGUCUUUACUACCACUUUUCAGAGAAGCAAGUGCGUACUCUCUUUGUUCUUGUCCUUUACCACCAUGAAGAGUACAAGCAUUAUACUGAAAAUGAAAUAAAAUGUUGCAUUAAAAACGCUUCGCAAUACAAAUAAAAUUUGUGUUCUCGUUGGAUUUAAGACAAUAUAAGAUAAUUAAAAUUCAAA